AUGCAUAAAUUUCUGCUUGAAAAUCAAAGAAUGAAUUAUUCCAGUUACAAUCCUUUUGGUUCCUAGAAAAACCUUAAGCCAGGGAUCAUAACUAAGUUAAAAAAUAAAAUUUAAGCUUUGUUCUAACCAACCAUCAACUCAUAAAGCUUGAUCAAAAGGAUAUAACCCUUUGAAGAUUAAAAAUUAGAAUAAGAACUAUCUAAUUAAUUUAAGAAGAAUCUUGUUCUAGUCGAUCGAAUUAUUCCAAAUAAAGAUUACAGUAUGGCCCCAAAGCGUAAGUCCUUUAUUCCCUUUGAAUAAUACCUUAAAGAGGAAUUAGAUAUACCGAAAAUAUAGCAUAAAGAAACUUAAACUGUUCUAGACAGAAAAGCAAACGAUUCAGACAUCAAAUCAUAAAAUGUUAAAAAAUAAAAAAAGGCGUAAAAAGAUCAUGCAAAAAUUUAAUAAGAUAGAAAAAUGGAAGGUAAUAUUUGUAAAUUAUGUCUAUAGAAAAUCAGAUAUAGUCAGAGUUCAUCCAAAAUUAACAAAAUUCUAUGCAAAGUUUAAACGAAAAAAAAGGAUAUUCUAAAGAAAAUUUAUCAAACACUUCAAAUAAGAAGGUGAAAUAAUUAGAUGCCUUCAUAGAGAGUAUCAUCCCAAAUAAAUAAUUAAAAUGUGAAACAAGUGAUAAUUAAUUAUCAAUGAAAAUUCUGGAGUUUUAAGAAAUAACUUAAACUAACGAUAAUAAAAACUAAAAUUCUGAUUAAUUACUGCAGAAAUUUAAAGCAUCAUCUUUUUAAGCACUUAGUCCAUCCUAAAAUGAAUGUAUUAAAGAUGAUGUAAAUAUGGAUAAAAAGUAAUCAAGUUCAGCGGGUACAAAUAGAAAGGUUGAAGCAAACGACACCCUAUUCAGUUUUAAAAAUGCAGAUUUCUAAUCAGAAUCUUAGUUUAAUAUACAAAACAUUGAAAACAAUCAAAAAAUUUUGAAUUUCAAAUAAGAUUAAGGAUAAGAGUUUCAAAAUAAUUAAAAAUCAAAUUAAUAUGAUUUACAACAAGUAACUUAUCUUUUUAUUAAUAUAGAAAUAACUAGAGUUCAAUUAAGAUAACUAAAUGAUGAUGCAAAAAGAAGACAGUAUUAGUGAAAAUAUUAUUUAAUUAUAGAGAAAAAAAAGCGAGAAUCAAUCAAUUUAAUAGUCUGAAUAAUCAAAAUUAAAUUUUACUUAAGUGGAAGAGAAUAAAAGUAACAUGUAAUAGGUAAAAUAAAAAGUGGAUUUUAAAAAGAGAAGUAAUUUGAUCCAAAUAGAUUAAUAAGAUGGAGAAUAAUUAGAAAAUCUUAAUCUCUCUAAUAUCUUAAUUUUUACUUUAAAACAACCAUAAUUUCGAUAAGAAUUCGAAAAUUAAAAAGACAAAGUUAACUCUUAAGUUUUGUUGUAAGGAGAUUAAUUUUUGAAAAAAAAAACAUAGUCGUAAUAUGAUAAAUAGGAUCAGAUAUCUGAAAAAGAAUAAAAAUUAUAGAUAUAUUAAAAUUAAUAAAACAAAGAAAUUCAAAAAAAUAUACUUCAAGGUAAUUUCCAAAACAAUCAGAACAAGUAAAUUAUAGAGAAAAAUGAGGAAUUAAUUAAGGAAUAUAAUCCAUUUUUAGUACUAAGUCCAAAUAUCAGUUCUGAUCAAAUAAGCCAGUAUUUUUAAGGGGGUUUAACAUCAAAUCAAAAUAAUGGAUGUUAACCAUAAAGUUAGAAUCAACCAAUAGCAGAUUUAUUCAAAAUACCAACAUCAUAAUCUUAAUCAAUAAUUAAUAAUUUAUAAGAUAAAUAAAAUCCUUAAAAUUUAUUGUAGAUGCCUAAUGUUAACAAUUUUGCCAAUGCAAGAUUGCAACCCUACCCUUAAAAUAAAUAAUUGGAUCUCUUUUAAUAGGCUCCUUAAAUUACUCCGAUUAGUUAACAUUAGGUAUUUAGUUUUGAGUCAGCAAAACUGAAUUAUUAGCAAUAGUCGACUUAAUAAAAUAAUUUAUUUUAAUAGUAAUAAUAAUAAUAGUAAUAAUAGCAUUAUUAUUCAGAAUAAUUGAUUUAAUAGCCCAACUACUAACUAUAAAACCUGUUUUCUUAAUAGCACUAACCAUCGAAUUCAGUUUCAAGCUUAAACUUAUUCUAAUCUAACCCAUAUUAACAAUAAUAAAAUGAUUUAAAAAAUCAGUAGGUGUAUUUUAAGAAUGAUGUCCUAUCUCUUUUUUAGGAGACUAAAAAAUAAGAUAGAAGUGAUAAUUUAAUUAAUUCUUUAGAUAUAUUCUAGACUUAACAGUAUCAGUAGGCAUGUUAGAGUCUAAAUAAUAGCUUCAACAAGGGUAGAAAGAAGUAGAGAAUUAAUAAUUAUUGA